ACAAUUGGAAGAAUAAUGAUGAUGACAACAAAUUUUUACUGCACAAAAGGAAGCUACAAGAUCAGUUUGAGAACUUGAGCAGGAAAAUUGUCAAGCAGAAUUCAAGAGGCAAGAUGAAAAUGAAAUUGUACGCCUUCUCACUCGGACUUCCAUUUUUGGCAUUGGAAGAUGCUCCCACUAGGCCUCUGUGCCAACUUCUGAAGCUUGCAUAAUAAUGUACACAGCUGUCCCAAUAUUGCAAGCUGCAGUCAUGCUUUCUAGAUUAAUAUUAAUUGGCAUAUGUUUGCUGAACAGCAUACCCAUGCACAGAGUUUCACUCUCCUGGAAUUCUGUAGUCUAUAAAACUACAGCAGCCUACAGUUGUCAAAAUUACGGGUGUUAUCUAAACAUGAUCUUAUCCCUAAGCACACCAUUUUUUUCGUCUUAGGUUCAGUGUACACAUGUGGCAUGGUUUGCACUCUUCCUUGGGAUCUAAGGUGGUUUGGGACCUAAGGUGUUUCCCCGGGAUUGAACUAGCCCGUGGUUGUUAAGCAGGCGAGCAACAACCGUGAUGUGCGGAGUGCCAAAGCCUAAUACCAUUACUUGCAACCCCAUACACUACAGGGUACAAGCCUUUUGUUGCACCACAGGUAUUAUACCUGCCCAAGGCUUGGUUGCAAGUGCUGAAAAAAACAUUCUGUUCACACAUUGUCUUUACUAGGCAGUAUAACACAAAUUUAUUUAUAGUGCCGCUCUUUCAAGCUCCUUUAAUGGACAGCCUAGGACAUUCAUGCAUCUUUACCAUGAGGCAGUGUUACAAGAAAUCUGCUGUUUUUUGUUUCCAGACACCAGCAGAAACGAUUUAUUGUAUGAAACGAUUUGUUGUAUUAUUUUUGUAUGUAUUUGUUGUAUGGAUUGUGUGAACAGCUGUACAGAGCACUGGCAUAACAGGAACAAAAAUGGCAGCACAAAACAUGCUAUUUGUUCCUCGUGUGCAUAUAUUGCAUAUAUUGUCGCCUUUGUAUGCCAUGAAUCUUUACGAGAUGCUCAGGCUUUUGUCGGUCAGACAAAAACAUUUCAGAGCUAAGCGAACGCUGGCAUCAUACAGCAGCUUAAAAAAAAAAGGAACACUGCUGUUGAUAAGUUUCCUGUUGCUAAUUUGCCAUGGCAACUAAGCACCUUCCAAUCAAUGAUACCAAAGGGAAGCUUUGCAACUUUUCCAAUAUUUUUUAUAUUUUUCUGUAAUAUUUAAUCACACUGACAUUCUAAUUGCCACUGGUGCAAAGUAUCGUUGAAAUGUCUUGCUCUGUGCUGCUUGCUAAGAAGUAGCUGAUGUAAUGUUAAACAAUAAGGUCUCGUGGGGGAUCAAACUUUCUACAAUCUGUCAUUUGUUGCAUGGCUUUUUUUUGUUCUUCCAGUUUUUCAUGUUCUGCACAUAGUUCUUUGUGCCUGGUUGUUUUUGUACAUGCACCCGCUUCCUGUGUUGUUCCUAAAAAAAAAAGUAGUUAGAAAUGCUUUUUUGGUUCAUGUCCCUGUUGUGCUUCUCCUAAACUUUUGCAGCGUGCUAAUAAAUUAACGACAUUCGAACUAACACUAACACAAGGCAUAUUCAAGAACAGCACGAUCCACUUUUCAAACUUGCAGAGAAUUUAGGCCCAGGGUUCAUACACAUCGUUAAGGAAGAGCCGCCUACUGUUCCAGCUGCUCCAGCUGCUGUUGAAGAUGAAUUUGAAGCGGCUACCGGGAGCGACAGUUCGCAGAUGGCAAGCAGUCGCCGAGACCUUGAAUGCGUCGGGGAAAGUACCCCUAGCUAUGAAUGCGAGAUGUGCCACAAGGUCUUCAACACCGAUCAACGCCUGCUCCAGCAUUCCGUAGCGCAUGGGCGCGAGUGGAAUUUCUGGUGCAGUAUCUGCGGAGCCAGCUUUCCACGAAGCGAAGAUCUGUUGGAACACGGGAUCAGCCACGUCGACAAGCAGCAGCACCGCUGCUUGAUCUGCUACAAGUCAUUCUGUCAUGCGGGCAUCCUUCGAAAGCAUGUCUGGCGUCACACUGCUGUUCAUGAUAAGCUUGAAGCGGCUACCGGGGGCAACAGUUCGCACAGGGCAAGCAGCCGCCGAGACCUUGAAUGCGUCGGGGAAAGUGCCCCUCGCUAUGAAUGCGAGAUGUGCCACGAGGUUUUCAACACCAAUCAACGCCUGCUCCAGCACUCCCUAGCACAUAUACGCGAGUGGAAGUUCUGGUGCAGUCACUGUGGGGCCAGCUUUCCACGAAGCGAAGAUCUGUUAGAGCAUGGGAGCACCCACAUCGACAAGCAGCAGCACCGCUGCUUGAUCUGCCACAGCUCCUUCAACCAUGCAGCCCUGCUUCGAAAGCAUGUCUGGUUUCACAUCGAGCCUCCGACAUUCUACUGCCACCUGUGUCCCAUGGUGUUUCCCGAUCGGCAGCAGCUGUCAAGGCACCUGCGCAACCACGAUUGGCGUGCCCCCUUUGCGUGCGACCAGUGCGAUGCCACUUUCGUCUUUGAAGGGGAUCUGACGAAGCAUAAGAAGAGGCACAAGGAAGUUCGGUGUCACAAGUGCCCUGAGUGCAACAAGGCCUUCCUCCAGAAGUCCCACCUGGCUAAGCACCGAACGAUACAUACGGGAGAACGGCCGUUCAGUUGCAACAUCUGCACGAAAAAGUUUGUGUGCCAGACCCGCUUGGCUGUACACAUGCGGAAGCAUGGAGAUCAAACUAAUGUCCAGCCAUCAGACUCCACUAACACUAACACAAGGCAUAUUCAAGAACAGCAAGAUCCAUUUUUCAAACUUGCAGAGUCAUUAGGCCCAGGGUUCAUACACAUCGUUGAGGAAGAGCUGCCAGCUGCUCCAGCUGCUGUUGAAGAUGAGUUUGAAGCAGCUAACCGGAGCGACAGUUCGCAGACGGCAAGCAGUCGCGGAGACCUUGAAUGCGUCGGGGAAAGUGCCCGUCGCUAUGAAUGCGAAAUGUGCCACAAGGUCUUCAACACCGAUCAACGCCUGCUUCAGCACUCCGUAAUGCAUGGGCGCGAGUGGAAGUUCUGGUGCAAUCACUGUGGAGCCAGCUUUCCACGUAGCGAAGAUCUGCUGGUGCACGGGCACACCCACGUCGACAAGCAGCUGCACCGCUGCUUGAUCUGCCACAAGUCCUUCAACCAUGCGGUCCUGCUUCGAGAGCAUGUCUGGUGUCACACUGAGAAGCCAACAUUCUACUGCCACCUGUGUCCCAUGGUGUUUCCUGUGCGGCAGCAGCUGUCAAAGCACCUGCGCACCCAUGAUCGGAACGAGCCCUAUGCAUGUGACCAGUGCGAUGCCACAUUCGUCUUUGAGGCGGAGCUGAUGAAGCAUAAGAAGAGGCACAAGGAAGUUCGGCGUCACAAGUGCCCGGAGUGCAGCAAGGCCUUCCUCCGGAAGUGCCACCUGGCUGAGCACCAAAAUAUACACACGGGGGAUCGUCCGUUCAGCUGCAAAAUCUGCACAAAGAAGUUUGCGCGCCGGACCCACUUGGCUUUACACAUGCGGAAGCAUGGAGAUAAAACUAACGUCCAGCCAUCAGACUCCUAGGCUUCUCCUGCGCAUAUGUUCAGUCAAGAUUUAAAUCUCCACUGAAGCAGUUAGUGUCUACCAGAUGUGGUCUGUGUAAACAUCUCACCAAAGUAAAGGCAUUGGUUACACUUU